AUGGAAAGCUACCCUCAGUUGAUCACUGCUCCAUGUACCAGAACAACCCCAGGUCCUCAGGGAAACAUGAGCGCCUUCGUGACUCUGUCUACAGGGCAGAGGAUGCCCGUGGUCGGUCUUGGCACAUGGAAGAGCACCCCAGGACAGGUGCGGCAGGCAGUGUUGGCAGCCUUAGACUGUGGGUACAGACACAUCGACUGUGCUGCUGCAUACAGCAAUGAACAGGAGGUGGGAGAGGCUCUGGCUGUCAGGGUCGGCCCUGGGAAGGCUUUGUGUCGUGAGGACGUGUUUGUAACAUCCAAACUGUGGAACACCAAACAUGACCCAGAGGAUGUUGAAGAAGCGUGCAGGACCAGUCUGGCCCAUUUGGGUCUCUCCUAUUUGGAUCUGUACCUGAUGCACUGGCCCAUGGCAUUUCAGCGGGGGAAGGAGCUGAUGCCUCGACGGGAAGACGGAAGCAUUUGUUACUCUGACACACACUACAGAGAUACCUGGGCAGCCAUGGAGAGCCUAGUGGACAAAGGUCUGGUCAAAGCCAUAGGACUGUCCAACUUCAGCGCCAGGCAGACUGAUGACAUCAUCAGCAUGGCCAGACACACACCUGUAGUUAACCAGGUGGAAUGCCAUCCUUAUUUGUCUCAAGUAGAUCUCCUGUCUCAUUGUCGGUCAGUGGGAGUGUGUGUGACUGCCUAUAGUCCUCUGGGCAGCGGGGACAGACCCUGGGCUUCUCCGGAUGAACCAAGUCUGCUACAGGAUCCUCGACUUGAAGCUAUCGCCCAGAGAUACCAGAAAACACCUGCGCAGAUCAUUCUCAGGUGGCACAUACAGAGGGGUGUCGUGUGUAUCCCUAAGAGCGUAACGCCCUCCAGGAUCCAGCAGAACUUGCAGGUGUUUGACUUUUCUCUGUCGGAAGACGACAUGAAGCUGAUUGAUUCCUUCAACCGCAACGAGCGCUUCAUCAUCCCAACAGUAGAGAGAGGUGGCAAGAGAGUGUGGAGAGACGCAGAACAUCCUCAUUUCCCCUUCAAUGAUCCUUACUGAGUCGACACACAAGGAACGCAGUAUUGUGCUUUUAAAGACAAUUACAUGCACUGAUACACUGAGGAAACAAUAUUUCUAAACUGAUUUCAGAUGUGAUCACAGUGUAUUUUUCUUUUUCUCUUUGCAAUGUAUU